UUUUCCCUCACUGUAUGUGCUCUAUGCAGGGCGUACGCAGCGAACAAGGAGUCCCACGCCACGCUGGUGUUCCACAACCUGCUGGGGGAGAUUGACCAGCAGUACAGCCGCUUCCUGCAGGAGAACAACGUGCUCUACCAGCACAACCUGCGUCGCAUUAAGCAGCACCUGCAGUCCAAGUACCUGGAGAAACCCAUGGAGAUCGCCCGCAUUGUAGCCCGCUGCCUCUGGGAAGAGCAGAGGCUGCUGCAGACCGCCACCACUGCCGCACAGGACGGAACGGCAUCUCACCCGUCUGGCACUGUGGUGACGGAGAAACAACAGAUCCUGGAGCACAACCUGCAGGACAUCAGGAAGAGGGUGCAGGUGAGACUGCAUGUUUAGUCCAAAGAACAGGAUCUUGUUCUUCAAUAGGUGUUUUUACACAGACAGAUUAUUUAAUACCUCAUUUGAUUUAUAUGCUUUACUUGUUAUUUUGAUAUAGGAUAUGGAACAAAAGAUGAAGAUGCUUGAGAAUCUCCAGGAUGAUUUUGACUUCAACUACAAGACCCUUAAAAGUCAGGGUGGUAAGUUUCACAUUUUUAUAUUACAUUAAAUUCUAUAAAUGUUUUGCUAGAAUUUUAUCUGAAUUUGUGGAUAGGAUAUCUUUUAGGUCUUUGAGGCUCUACUAUUAUAAUCUACUACUACUAUUUAUUUGGCUGGUUCUUGCUUUGAAACUCUGACCCACCAUCAAAUUCUACCAAAUAUCACUGACUCUUAAAUCUACAGAUAACCCACCCAACUCCUCUCCUAUUUGCUCAGAGUUGUCCCAGGACAUGAAUGGGAACAGCCAGGCGGCAGCAACCAGGCAGAAGAUGUCUCAGCUGGAACAGAUGCUGAGUGCUCUGGACCAGCUCAGGAGGGUAGGGCCCUUAUACACCCCUCCUUAGUGUCCAUUGGACCCUACAUCGUACACCCUUCUUUUAGAGGGUCCUUUUUACCCUGAAUCAGGAUAGUCCUAAUUUCUGCAAUAAGUAGGCUAGGCUAGUUGACAUUCCGCUCGAACUACAUACGCGUGUGCAAGAAAUUACAUAAACCUGCACACUAACAUGUUUGUUAAAUAAUACGAUUUUUUGUAAGCAAUAGAAUUGGGUUAUUCAUUCUGUAAUUAUCAGCAGCAAGCUCAAACUGUCUGCCCCAGGCAGCCUGCUUCCCUAUCCAUUGCAGCCCGACUUAAACAUUCGGACUCGGCAGCAGUACCUUUCACUACACAUGCAGGGAUCUGUAUGUGUGUUGAUAUUAAUGUGCGCUCGAUGAUUCAUUUUCAAUUGAGUUCAAUUAAUAUUCAUGCUGCUGUCAAGCACUAAAUAUUUAUGAGCAAGAUAAGAAGGACGGUAAUAGCUGUCAACUUCUGGAGAAUGUGGGAGUGGAGACUAUUUAGUUUUUUAAAUGAUAAUUUCCCUAAGGCCAAAAUUGUAAAACAAAUUCACUAAUCAUGUUGUCCAACAUGAUAAUCAUCCUAAGAAUCAUGUGCAAAAUAUAAUCAUCCAGCGGUAGCCUCGAGGUUAGAGAACCGGGCCAGCAACCGGAGAGUUGCUGGCAUCAAUAUCUCAGGUGCCACCUACCGUUUAUCUUCCCUUGUGCACUGCACUGUGGCAACCCUCUGCUCCAGCCUCUCCAACCUAAAGUGUGUGUAUAUAUCAGGGGGUUGGAUAAAAAGCAGAAGACACAUUUCCAUCUCAUGUGGAUUAAUAAAAUAUAUCUUAUCUUAAAAGUAUUUACAGAACCCCCUGAAUAUCACUUUAACACUGGUUGUGGUUGUAUCAGUGUCAGAAGGAUGUGCUGUUGUCCCUCUCUGUUGUAGCAAAUUGUGACAGAGAUGGCGGGGCUGCUGUCAGCCAUGGACUUUGUCCAGAAGAACCUGACCGAUGACGAGCUGGCUGACUGGAAGAGGAGGCAGCAGAUUGCCUGCAUCGGAGGACCACCCAACAUCUGCCUGGACCGCCUGGAGACAUGGUCAGUUACCAUUAGUAACCUUUACUUUCCACAUGUUAAACCCCUUUUUUAUGUGCCCUCCCCAUGACCGUACACUAUCUAUCUCCCCAACACUCAUGUAGAGUAAACGUCAGAGAGGCGAAGAAGGAGAAUUUGUAGUCAAUACAAGACACCAUAAGAUAAAUUGUAGUUCCAAAUUUAGUUUAACAUAAACAAAGUAGCACUGCCAUAAUGACUGACCUAGACUAACCUUUGGGACCUCUAGGAUUACGUCCCUGGCUGAGUCUCAGCUGCAGAUCCGCCAGCAGAUCAAGAAGCUGGAGGAGCUCCAGCAGAAGGUGUCCUAUAAGGGAGACCCAAUCAUCCAGCACCGGCCCGCUCUGGAGGAGAAGAUAGUGGACUUGUUCAGGAACCUCAUGAAGAGGUGGGGAGCUUCUCUUUAGCUUUAACACCUAUCACAUGUCCAGAUGGUUUGGAUAUUUAUUAUAGGAUAGAAUUUGUAUAAUAUUCAGAUGUUUUGGAUACAUGGCAUAGACUUUGGCAUAUAUGGAGAUAUUUGGACAUCUUUUAUUAUGAUGGGCAUUAGAUGAGGCUUCGGAGCUUUGUCCAUCUCGGACUUCCACCACUGUGCUCUAAUGCGCCGCCUCUUGUCUGGUCGUGGUAUUGCAGUGCGUUCGUGGUGGAGAGGCAGCCUUGUAUGCCCAUGCAUCCAGACCGACCACUGGUCAUCAAGACAGGUGUGCAGUUCACCAACAAAGUCAGGUAAGAGGAGCUGUGGGACAACUCAGUGCCACCAGUUGAUGAAUAUGUUGAAUACAAACUGCAUUAUUUGACGCCUUUGGCGUUUGCAUUAUGUGCUCUCACCAAAUGUUAUUUUCCAAAUAUUUUCUCUCUUUUCAGAUUACUGGUGAAGUUUCCAGAAUUGAAUUACCAGCUGAAGAUCAAAGUUAUUAUUGACAAGUGAGUUUUGCGUGCCCAUUGUCCAUCACUCCCAUGAUCAUGUCUGAUUUGCAUAGAACACAACGAUCGACUCUGUCCCAGGGAAGUUGUUUUGUGAAUUUACCUCUGUUUUUUUCUCAGGGAAUCUGGGGACGUGGCUGCUAUUCGAGGGUAAGUGACUUAUGUAACGUUGAAACCCUUUGAUGACUCCAAAGCUUUCAGUCUUAGAAUGUCCCUUUUGCCAUGGAGCCUGUGAAUAACCUACUCUACACUGCUCCUCCUAGGUCCAGAAAGUUCAACAUCCUUGGUACCAACACCAAGGUGAUGAACAUGGAGGAGUCCAACAAUGGCAGUCUGUCAGCAGAGUUCAAACACCUGGUGAGUGACUGUCUGCUAGUCAGUAUAGUGGUGAGCCUAGUGUGGUACUGUACAGUAUGUUGCUUGACUGAUAAUUGCCCUUCUCUUUCAGACCCUGAGGGAACAGAGGUGUGGCAAUGGUGGCAGGACCAACAGUGAUGUGAGUCCCACACUCAAUCUUGAAUGCUCCUUUUCUUAUGGUGACUGAUGUAGCUAUACUGUUAAAUUAAACUUAACAUUUUGGGGAUUUAUAGUACAAUUGUCAUCAGUAUUGAUAGUAGCAUCAAUCGACCUAUAACCCUGACUGUCCUGUUCCUCCUCAGGCCUCCCUGAUCGUCACAGAGGAGCUCCAUCUAAUCACCUUUGAGACAGAGGUCUACCACCAGGGCCUGAAGAUCGACCUGGAGGUGAGACCUAGCUUAGCUCUCUACCUGUGUACACACACAGUCGGCUUGGGGAAUUUCUAUUGUGCUUCCUAACUCCCAGGUGGUGUUUGUCAAGUCUCAUUACGGCCACACCAAACACUCAGCAUGUAAUCCCCUAACUCCACUUUAAUCCUACAUCAGCAGGAAUUACAUGGAGAUUAGAUAUUUAAGGCCAAGAGUUAGCUCUGCCACACACAGUGAGCCAAUAGACGAGUCAUUAUCAUUAUCAUUAUCAGGGGCCUGGCUCUGCUCUCCCCAUGCACAGAAUACCAAUGAGCUGAUUCAGUAAUCACACUUGAUCUCCAUGCUUCCUGCUGUUGCUUCUCCUCGCGCCCAUCAUCCCUCCCCUCAACCCCCGGCCGGUGGAGCGUGUCCAGGGGUGAUCCGUCUCUGACCCACUCUAUACCUCCCUAAACACCACCAUUGUUCCUCCCUCUGAUAGCACCGUAGCUAGCCCAAGCCCCCUGCUGGGACACAGGAACCAUUCAUCUAGUGCAGGGGUGUCAAACUCAUUUUAGCUCAGGGGCCACAUGGAGGAAAAUCUAUUCUCAAGUGGGCCGGACCGGAAAAAUCAUGGUAUAUAUAACUUAAAAACAACAACUUCAGAUUGUUUUCUUUGUUUUAAUACGAUCAACAUACAACAUAAAGCUGAAGCCUGAGGACAGUGUGUCCAAAAUAGUACAAGCACAACAUCACUAUUAAUCAUAAAACACGUCAAGUUUAUUUGAAAAUUCUAAAGAAAAAGAACACACAAACACACAAUGCCUCAGUGAUUAACAGAACUGUUUCACAGAUCACAGAACUAUAUCAGGGUGUCAUUUCUCAGGCAGAAAUGUAGAUAAAAAUAAUGAAAUCCUGUUCCCCAAACAAGUGCAAGAACCACAGAGUCAAGAAUAGGUUAAAUAUACAAAUAAAAUAAAAUCAAUUAAAAACAAUAGCACAUCAACAUAAAAACAUAUAAACAUAAAUCUGAAAGCGUUGCUCAAACUCCCGUAACAGUCCCGUUAUUUUAUCUUUGAACCGCUUCAUGUCUGCCACAUGUUGGGUCGCGCACACAUUUUUCAGACAGGGGAAGUGAGCUGCAUCACCACCGGCAAGUUGCGUCUCCCACAAUGACAGCUUCAACUUGAAAGAACGUAUGCUGUCAUAAUACUGCGUGACAACUUUGUUGCGCCCUUGCAGCUGUUUGUUCAAGUUAUUCAGGUGCUCUGUAACAUCCACCAUAAAUGCAAGGUCCUGCAUCCAUUCUGCGGAAUGAAAUUCUAACACUGGUUUGCCCUUUUCUUCCAUGAACUGUUCAAUUUCUUCUCGUAAAUCAAAGAAACGCCUCAGCACAGCACCUCGGCUUAACCAUCUUACCUCAGUGUGGUAUGGCAGGCCAUAGAUGUGGUCUUUCUCUCUGAGAAGGCUGUCAAACUGACGGUGAUUCAGGCUUCUGGAUCGGAUGAAAUUAACAGUUUGGAUGACCACCUUCAUGACGUUAUCCAUCUUUAAUGACUUGCAACACAAAGCCUCCUGGUGCAAAAUACAGUGAAAAGUCAAAAAAUCACGUCCUCCAUUUGCAGAUUGCACUUUCUCUCUGAACUUUGUCACAACGCCUGCUUUUUUCCCGAUCAUUGAGGGCGCACCAUCUGUAGCCAGGCUGACAGCGCGGGACCAGUCCACUCCGACCCUGUCCAGCACGCCGACGAGUGCGGUAAAAAUAUCAGCUGCUGUCGUUGUAUCUGUCAUCGGCACCAACUCCACGAACUCCUCGGUGACGGUCAAUGUGUCAUCAACUCCGCGGAUGAAAAUGGCCAGUUGUGCAACAUCUGUAAUGUCCGUGCUUUCAUCAAUUGCAACCGAAAACGCAAUAAAUGACUUUACUUUUUGCUUCAACUGGCUGUCCAAAUCCACUGAAAGAUCGGAAAUCCUGUCUGCAACUGUGUUUCUUGUCAGGCUGAUAUUUGCAAAAGCCUGCCGCUUUUCAGGGCACACAAUCUCCGCUGCCUUCAUCAUGCAUGUUUUUACAAAUUCACCCUCACUAAAUGGUUUUGAAGCCACUGCGAUUUCAUUAGCAAUGAGGUAGCUAGCUUUCACUGCAGCGUCACUGAUGUCUCGGCUGUGAGUAAACACAGACUGCUGUUUCUUCAGACCCGCCAACAGUUCAUUCACCUUCUCUCAUCUCCGCUGUCCUUGAAAGUUGUCAUAUUUGUCGGCAUGAAGACUCAUAUAGUGGCGACGAAGGUUAUAUUCUUUCAGCACUGCAACAUGCUCUGAACACACCAAACAUACAGCUUUCCCAUUCAAUUCCGUGAAUAAAUAGGAUGACAAUUUUUCUUGGAACACUCUGCACUUUUUUUUUUUUUUUUUAAAUCAUCUCACGGGCCGGAUUAAACCCGUUUGCGGGCCUGAUCCGGCCCGCGGGCCGGACGUUUGACACCCCUGAUCUAGUGGUUAUGCCCUGCAGGGCUUUGUGUUGAGCUCAACACUGCGGCGCUGGCCCCCCUGAACACAGCAGUGUGAAAAUGCAUUAGCUAGGAUAAUUAAGACAUUAGCAUUGAGAAAUGGAGGGAAAUUAGCGUGUGUGUGUUAGAGGGUUUGGCACACCCACGUUAUGAAGUAAUUUAUCACAACACUCCCGUCUUCUAUAAACGACACCAUUUAGCAAGGCAAGGAGGAGUGCUGCUGUGUGAUUAAGACUUAAUUCUCAGUGAGGGACUAAACACUCAGUGAGGGACUAAACACAGUGAGGGACUAAACACAUGGACAGCUUUUCCUCCCUUAUGGACAACUACUUUGUCACAGCCAUCAAAAAAAUAAAAAUGUCCAUUCAGCGUAGAAUUUAGUUUAUUUAUUAAAUGGCAUUUCAUGUCAGACUUGAAUAGAAUGACCAAACAACCUAGAUGAGUUUUGAAAGCCUGGCAAAAAGUGUGAAUGCUCCAUACGUAUAUCUUCAUUGAUCCAAUGUCCAGGUUACCCAUUCUUCAUGUGUUUCUCUAUGGACCUUUAGACCCAUUCUCUACCAGUGGUGGUCAUCUCCAACAUCUGCCAGAUGCCCAACGCCUGGGCCUCCAUCCUGUGGUACAACAUGCUGACUAACCACCCCAAGGUAAGACGGCUAUCGCCACCUCGUGUUAGACCACUGUCCUGUAACUUCUGUCCCCCAAAUACAGUCUGUUUUAUUGAUAUCAUCUUUACUGUGUCAUACAUUCUUUGCAUUGGCAUCUGUCUUGGAGAGGGUUAAAAUGUGUGAGAAAUGAAUCCACUUUGACCACCUCCUCCUGUUGUCAUGUCCUAUAGAACGUGAACUUCUUCACCAAGCCUCCGGUGGGGACGUGGGAUCAGGUAGCGGAGGUGCUGAGCUGGCAGUUCUCCUCCACCACUAAGAGAGGCCUGACCAUCGAGCAGCUCACCACCCUGGCUGAGAAACUACUUGGUGAGGAACCUUUCUGUUUGCAACUCUACCUUAAUCUGGAUUGGAUGGGUCCAUAGCAAUAGAAUGAUGAUGAUGAUGUCUGUCUGUCACAGAACAUUGAAUGAGAGUCGAAUGAAUGUCCACUUUAGUAAUUAUAUUUCUAUGGAUGGGUCCACCUAUACCUGACUGGUACUGUCUGUAUGGCAUCAAUGCCUAAUAAAUGUGUUUGUGUUGUUUAUCCAGGGCCGUGUGUGAACUACUCUGGAUGCCAGAUCACCUGGGCCAAGUUCUGCAAAGUAUGUCCUUGCCCAAUCAGUCUCUCUUGUUCUCUAUUGAUAUUGUGGGAUGGUUAUCUAGCUGUCGUAAACAGCUUCAGUUUGAAUUGAUUAGUUCCUCCUUUGUCCUCAGGAGAACAUGGCGGGUAAAGGCUUCUCUUUCUGGGUUUGGCUGGACAACAUCAUUGACCUAGUUAAGAAGUACAUCCUGGCUUUGUGGAAUGAAGGGUGAGAGGUCGCUUCUGUUUGUUUACCGACUUGUUACUGGAACAGCUGGGUAAAAAUCCAAGUUGGAGGGAGUUGAGUUCAUGACAUUGAGUUCAUAUGAGCAAUGCAGAGAACUGUAAUACUGAGCCGUUGAACCCUAGAUAGUGGGAAACUGGAUUGAGGACAAGUACAGGUUUUAGGGUUAAUGCACAAGUGUAAAGUGUCAAGUGUAAUGGAGUUAAAUUGUCUCCCUUUUAGUCUUUCUCUGUGCUAUCUGGUGAAAGUGAAAAUAAAAACCUCAUAUUUUUCUCUCUGCUCUCUCUCUGUGCAGGUAUAUUCUGGGUUUCAUCAGUAAGGAGAGAGAGAGGGCCAUCCUGAGCCCUAAGCCUCCUGGCACCUUCCUGCUGCGCUUCAGUGAGAGCAGUAAGGAGGGAGGCAUCACCUUCACCUGGGUGGAGAAGGACAUCAGUGGUAAGAGGACAGUCUGUCUGUCUGUCUGUCUGUCUUUGUCUCUUUCUUUUCUAUUGUGCGUGUCAUUUGGUCUUUGUCUAUGUUGCACAUUAUUUAGUUUCAUCUCAUUAUUGCUCUUGUGACAUGGUUUCAUAUCUCUCUCAUUCUCUCUGUGUGUCUGUAGGGAAGACUCAGAUCCAAUCGGUGGAGCCUUACACCAAGCAGCAGCUCAACAGCAUGUCCUUUGCAGAGAUCAUUAUGGGAUACAAGAUCAUGGACGCCACCAAUAUCCUGGUGUCUCCGCUGGUCUACCUCUUCCCAGAGAUUCCCAAGGAGGACGCCUUUGGGAAGUACUGCCGACCGGAAGCUGCUCCAGAGGCUGAACUCGGAGACCCAUGUAGUAGUAAGUCAAUCAGGAAGUUGAACAUAAUGUCAUGAAAACUGUGGGAUGAGUUUGAUAAUGAAAGAAGAUCUGGAAAUACCUCAUAAUGAAUAUUUCUUUACUGUUUUGGAGGUUGAUGCUUUGUGACAUGGGGAAUAUUUAGAUCUGUGUGUAAGUUAAAACGUGUUUUGAUUUUCUCCCACAGCCAUUCAACCAUACUUAAAGACAAAGUUCAUCUGUGUAACCCCGUAAGUAUCCACUUUCCUUGAGAGCUGUUUUUAGUGUUAAAUUCCCUCACAGGGGUUAGUUAAUGCUCGUCAGUGACCUCACACUAGGUUGUGUAAUGGAAACUGGGACAGUCAUGUACCUUCCUAGAAAGUCUUGACACUCUUUUCUGCCUAUGUUGCAAAAUUGACAUUUAAACUUUUUUAUUCUAUGAAAUGUUUGAGUGUCCUCCAGAACAUCCCCUUGUUGGGUUCUUGUAAGGGUGGGGCUGGGGUUUUAACCCUGGUAGAAGAGUGGUUCCCAGAUCGUUCCUCUAAAGUCAUCACCAACAAACUGUGACACACUGAUUCACUAUCAAUCAGGGUCUUUCCCUUAUUUGUACAGUCAUUGGUCUGCCCUGGGGACAGUAGAACAGGAAGCACAGGACUGUAGGCAGGUGGGAGGAAAGUGUACACAUCUCUCUAGACAAAGCAGAGUGGAGAAAGCAAGUAAGGAUCCCCAGACAAAAGCAUACAGAUCACUUUAAUACGAAUCGCUCAACACAGUAAUACCACCAGUAGAACCAAAGAGAAAGCUUACCUUGCACUUAUAGGGGAACAGACAGUGUGUCGUGUUCUGUAGGCCAUGCAGUGCUCUAUUCCGGGACGGAGAGGGUGUGUGUGAGAUUAGCAGAGGGAUCAGAGGGGUGUGUAUACUGGCUAACCAAGGGGUGGAGGUAGUGUUUCGGGGUGGGGGUGGCAGCAUUGGAGAGGUUUGCUCAGUGAGAACCUGACCUGUCUCUGUAGGACUAGACGGGUGUGUUCUACAUAGGUGGAGGUGUCUGUUGGGGUGGAGGGGGGUGUUGGAGAGGAAUGCUCAGUGAGAUCCUGACCUGUCUCCGUAGGUGCCCUUCCGUGUUCAUGGACUUUCCGGACAGCGAGCUGCUUGGGAACGGGAUAUUCCCUGGGUAGGCAGUGGGGGGGGGGCAUGUAGGGCUGUGUGUGUGUUUCUCUACGUCUGUGUGUGUGAGGGUGGGUGAGACUCAGACAAGGGAUGGAGUAAUAAGUCCCUCGCCAUCCUCAUCUAGACCCCCCACCCCUCACCAUUUUGUUUCCAACUCACUGCCACUCUCCUUGGUUCUAACACCAGAGCAUUUUCCAGUCAUAUUGUAUGCAGCCAUUUUGAGUUGGUUUCAUCCUACUCAAGAUGGCUUCCCUUUCCCAAUCACAUCCUCCGUAGAUCAUUCACCUUUCAAACUCCCUGUAUGUCUACGUAUUGGUGUCAUGACCACUCCAUUAAAAUCAGUCCACACUGGCCAUGUUUAGUUUACAGCUUGAUAACUGUAUCAAAAUGGUCCCCAUCUCACAGUCAUUAUUAUUAUUGGGCUCCCGAGUGGCGCAGUGGCCUAAGGCACUGCAUCUCAGUGCUUGAGGCGUCACUACCGACCCCCUGGUUCGAUUCCAGGCUGUAUCACAACCGGCCGUGAUUGGGAGUCCCUUAGGGCGGCGCACAAUUGGCCCAGCGUCAUCCGGGUUUGGCCGGUGUAGGCCGACAUUGUAAAUAAGAAUUUGUUCUUAACUGACUUGCCUAGUUAAAUAAAGGAAAAAUAAAAUACAAAUAAAAUAAAAAAUGAACUGGCUAGAACAGCAGGAGGGGAGAAGAGGCAGUGGAUUGAUAGGCUGUAGACUGAAUGUCUCAUUGGGAGAAGUGCCUUCAGUGGAGAUUAACUCCUAACGCCCUAACAUUGGUCCUUACUUUAGUUCUCCACCGCAGGAGGUUGGUGACACCUUAACUAGGGAGGACGGGCUCGUGGUAAUGGCUGGAGCGGAAUCAGUGGAAUGGUAUCAAAUACAUCAAACGCAUGGUUUGAUGCCAUUCGCUCCGUUCCAGCCAUUAUUAUGAGCCGUUCUCCCCUCAGUAGCCUACACUGUUCUCCACAUAUGACUUUAUAGUAGUAGGUUGCUGUGAGACAUCAUGCACUUUUAGAAUGAAAUGUCUGUCAGGGGUGUAGAGGGUUUUGGUGUGUUUCUGCCCACUGGCCUGCUCUAACCAACUAGAUUGUGUAGAAUACUUGUCAUUAACAUUCCCACUAACCAUCCCAGCCUCCUUAUGUGACAAUGUGCUCAGUGCUGCCCCCAAGAGGAGAAGCCAUUUCUCUCUCUCUCUCAUUCACACAUCCACUGCACUCCUAUCCCCCUUUCUUUCUGCUACUGUAGUCUAACUUCAAUCAUUCGUUGGCCACUGGGAAGCACAUUAACACAUAGUGGCUGAACUGACCUAACCUUGGAGUCAUUGGCUCACCUUUCACUAAUCCGACCCAGUCAACACUGAACCACUUUAGUCAUGUAUUUAAACCUGUAAUACUGUGUGUACAUGUAAUAAUGUGGAGUAUUGUCCCAAUCUAUGGUGACAUAACAGCAGUGAUGAUGAUGACAAUGACUUACGCACUGGCAGUAGACUGACAGUUAGUUUAUCGCUUGUGGUAAAAUGGACAUAGAGAUGUAAUCGCUAUGACGUCUGUGUGUGACUGUAUGUGUUUAACAUCUAGUCUUGGUGUGUCUCUCCUAUCCUGUAUUGUCUUGUUGCAGCACCAACUCUGGUAACACCAGUGACCUGUUUCCCAUGUCCCCUCGCACCCUGGAUUCUCUGAUGCACAACGAGGCUGAGACCAACCCUGGCCCACUGGGUGAGUCCUAAUACACACACUAACGCACACGCAGACAAACACACACAUGCACAUACUCGUACUGUACUUGCAUGUGAGGCAAGGUUUAACUUGUUUUAAUGGCAGCCCUCUUGCUUUCUGUCUUCCCAGAUUCCCUCACUCUGGACAUGGAGUUGAGUACUGAUGCGGCGUCACCCAUGUGA